AUGAAGAAUAAAAAUGGUCGUCGCAGACGCAAUCUAAAUGCAAUGCAGAAAGCAGCUCGCAAGGAAGCUAGUGCUGGCAAUGGAGAAGGAGACAGGCUUAGCAAGCUGCCCAAUGACCUACUGCUCAACAUUCUUGAGAGGGUGGACACGCUUGAUGCAAUAAGGGUCUGCGUCCUGUCCAAGCAAAUGCUUAAGCUACCCACCAUGCUCUCGCAGUUCUUCCUAAGUUUUGAUUCCAUUCCAGCUUACCAUGAUAAAGCUCGUGUUUCCAGCCUCAGCCUGAGUGACGUGUUUCGAACCAACAGUGCUGUGGCUCAUGUUACAGAUAACAUCUUGACCACAAGGAGCCCGGAGAUCACCAUCAGCAAACUCAAAAUCAGAUUUAUCUUGAUGCAACCUGACUCUCUCACUAUUGGCAAAUCUGUGGCCAGCGCCAUGGCAACACAGAAGGUUGACGCUGCUGAGUUUGAGAUUGUAACAGAGAAGCCUUAUAAGAUCUGCUCUUCCGCCGAUCUCCUCCACCAUGGGAAGCAGUUCAAUGAUUUUGUUUGUGCUUGUCCAAAUGCAUUUGCUGGCCUUAGGCGCCUGUGGCUGCGCAAUAUGAGGUUUGGUGCACUGGACAUUCCCAACAUCCUCACCACAUGCAAGCUCUUGGAGUCUUUGCGUUUAACCCAUUGCGACUCAGGGAUCCAUUCUGUGCUGCAAGUAGAGCAUGCUCAACUUGUUGAGCUCUUGGUUGAUUAUGGGCAGUUUGAGAGAGUUGAGCUGAUAUGUCUACCAAAACUCAAACAUGUGGCCUAUACUAAUUGGUCCUCUUGUGAAGAUCCCAUGUAUUUUGGUUUUGUGCCACAGCUUUCAAAGCUGAGCCUUACUAAAAUUGGCGUCCGUUCAGAAAAGAAUAUUGAGUUAAGUCAGCUACUUGCUAAUGUUCCUUCCAUAAGCGAACUACAUCUGGAUUUUAGAAGUGAAAAGAUUUGGAUUAUCCCAGAAUGCCCGAAACUGCUUGCGCCUGUGCUCAGCAAACUACAGCAUGUGAAUCUGGACCAUCUUCCUGAAGGAUGUGAUUUAGCUUGGACAAUGUUUAUCCUUGAAGCUGCUCCCUCCCUAAAAGAGCUGUGCAUCACAGUAUGGGAUCAUUGGUGCAUAAUUUUCACUGACAAAGAGUUCCGGAAGGAAAAUGGUUUCUGCAAUAAGGCAGACGUGAAGUGGAAGCCAUAUGCCCCUAAUUUCAAGCACAAGAAUCUGGUUAAGCUCACCAUCUACGGCUUCCAGCCUGAUGACAACUUUGUGCGAUAUAUCAGGUGUGUCGUGGAAGCUGCGGUUAAUGUGGCAGAGAUAUCUCUGUACGACAGAGUGGUGUGUGGGCGCUGUGGUGACUUGGAUCCUGAGAUCAAGGACAAGGUUUGUCCAUCAAGAUAUCCAUGGACUGCUGAGGAGAGGACACAGGCAACUGAGGAUUUGGGUUUGCCUUCGCGUGCUGCGGUUCACUUCCGUUCCUAA